CUUAAGUGAUAUCAAAGAAGGACAAUGCAAAUCACAUAUCUCAUCGCUUUCUUUACGUUCUUGACGUCCGUUUGGGCCAGAGCAAAUGACUUUGACCAGGAUUACCAUGACGAUCAGCAACUCUCGAUAGAAAAGGCAAACUUUGGUGCUAUAGUUAUUUUGACUCCAGUUAAUGAAGAUUUCCCUGUGCUGGACGAAUCACUAACGAGAUUAGUGUCUGAAUUAUCAACGUAUACGGAAGAAGCCUUACACCAGCGAGUCAAGCAUGUUUAUGACACUUUGUUCUACGGGCUAGCUAUUGAAUUCACCAACGCCGAAAUCAUCGAACAAUGGGCAUUGAAUGAAAACCAAGUUGGGGCUUCAUCAGAGGCCUUGCUAAGUGGGUUAUAUAAUGCUUUUACAGAAUUCAAACAAAGAGAGUUACGUAUGCUCAACGUUCGUUUGGAUAUCUCAAAGGACGUCGAUGUGCUGAUCAGCCAGUGAUUUCUGGUUUAAUGUGUUUUUUAUGAA